GAUGGUAAUCUGCAUGAUAAAUAUAGAAAAAGAAUGGUUAUAAUAAUCAACAGCUUAUAGUGAUCAAAUUGACCCAGACUAUAAGAGGUUUCUAGUGUUACAGUGUUUAUUAUACUUUAAUGUUCAUAUUUUCAAACAGUCACCUUCACUACACAAAAGUUUUUUAGGAAGAGGACUAAUCCAUGAGGCAAACAUAACGAUCAUAUGCAGGUUUGUCUCACGCUGUAGGAGUGUAAACUUUCCCAGAACAGGACAGAUCCACUUGUUACUCUGAUUUACUCACCUCUUGGCUCCCACAGGUUGGAUGUUCAAGUCCUGAACAUGCAUUUUUGCAGUGUAACCUCUAAACCCACAAAUAAUGCAGUUAAGAGUUAUCAAAAUCUCAUUUCACUGUUCAGUUGGGAGGAGACUUUAUGAGGAAAUGACACUGUAAAGGUUUGAACUGGCCUAUAAAAGGCAGGCCAAGGAAGACUUCACAUCUUCCCUCUAAUUCUCCUCUCACAGGGUUGAAUAAAAGUUUUCUUUCCAUUCACAAUGCAGCUCUAUGGCGCUCUGGUCCUGUUGGUGACUCUGUCUGCAGCAUGUGGCCUGAGAUGCUACACAUGUACAUCCACCAGCGCAGGGUCCUGCACACAGACCUCAACUUGUCCUGACAUCCUGAACCGUUGUUUCUCCCUUAAUGUCGGUGUCGUCACCAAAGGCUGCCAAAACAGUGUUUUAUGUGUUGGCCCCAUCAAAUGCUGUGAAGGGGAUUUGUGCAACAGUGCCAUGCCCACUGCUUCCAGUGUCCUCCUCUUGCUGGUAUCCUCAGCCAUCACCACACUCUUUCUCUGAGGCUCUGGAAUAUUGAUAUCUAAGAUGUCCUUUUUUUCUGACCCAAUUUGUACAACUUAGAAAGAAAACUAAAUGCUUCCAUGUAUAUCAUAUGCUCAUAUGCUUAUGAAGGUUGUGUUGUUAAAUAUUAACAAUCGAGAAAGAAAUUAUAUAUUAUACAGUUAGUUGUUGAUUCUGAUGAUUAACAAUAACGAUCAGCAGACACACAAGACUUUCUGGUUUAAUUACUUUGACAACAAACUCUCACCAUUUUCAGCCAAAAGAAAAAUGCAGAAAAUAUUUGGUGUGAUCUGCUUCCAGUGAAAAAUAUAAAUUUUUCUUCUGCAAAAGAGGAUCUAUGGCAUAAAAUGUAUCUGUAAUCUUAUUUCAUUCCUUUAUUUAUUAGUAGUUUGUUGAGGUGCCUGUGCAGAGCCCAAGGGUAACUAAAAGACCUCACCUGCACAUCCUGUUCAAGUAGACAUAUUAAACGUGAUCGUUUGUCUUUCAUUAAGAGGUUGAAACAUUGUAACAGUGCAGUUUCAUUGACUAAAUAAAAACAUGCAUAAGACUAGACUGUGCAAGUCGGUGUAUGAACGUCUCUACAUUUAAGAAGUGAUGUGUAGUUAUUAUGUAACCUUGCAUAUAGUAAAAUGGUUUCAACCAGUUA